GGGCCGUGGGAGCUACAGUUAUACAAGGCAGUUCGCCAGCUGGGUCAGGCGCUGGGCCGAGGGUUGCUGGGAAAGAAGGGGCAGCGAAGGAGGUCCAGGGUGGGGGCAGGCCCGAGGCGUCCUCUGUCCUCUCCUCCGCUCCACCCCCGCAUGAUACCAAAGGGCCUCUGUCCUCGUUACAGGCAGCAGGGAAGGGGUCAGUGCGGUGGUUCCUCUACGUUCCCUGGUUUUGUCUGCAAGGGAAACAGACUGGGCUAGGUGGCUUUCCUCUAUCUCCUGGUCUCAGCAAAGCCCAAGAACACAGCCAGAGGAACCCUGAGAAUCUGCUCCCAGCCCGCAGGCACUGCUGCAGGGCCCGCUUGCUUCGCUUCCGGUGGAGCAACCUUCGGGGACUCCACUUCAGCACGCGGAGGGCGGCAGCAAAGGGCCCUUUAAAGGGCGGAGCCAGCGCUUCCCCAGGACCACCUCCUCUGGUUCGACUUAGCCUGCAGGACUAGCUUGCACCUCGGCCGACCGCUUUUACUUUUCCUUCCCGUGUCUUCCCUGGUGACCUCGGAAGUGGAAGUAGACGCGAAUCGGCGGCCGCGGCGGGGACGGAAGGCGGAAGCAGAGCGUGAGAGGGAGGCGGAGCCGGGGGAGCUGCUCUCGUAGCUCCCCCUGGCCCUCGGCCCAGCUGCUCGAGGGGGAGGAGUUACCGCCGCUCUUCGGCAUCGGAAGUUCCCAUGAUGGCUGUGACCUGACACCCUCAGGAAGCCCCGGGGUCAUGGCCCAGAAGCACCCCGGAGAAGGAGGGUUGUGUGGAGCCCACCACAGUGGUGGUGCCUCCCUCAGGUCUUUAGGACACUCUGUGGACCCUGACAUACUUUCAUUCUCAGGACUCAGGGACUCAGCGCGGCCUACUCCUAAUGGUACCCGCUGCCUCACAGAGCACUCUAGUCCUAAGUACACACAGCCCCCAAAUCCAGCCCACUGGUCGGAUCCAAGCCAUGGACCCCCAAGGGGUCCAGGACCCCCUCUGGCUGGAGAGGACCCUGAUCAGAGUGAGGCAUCUUCAGAAGAGUCAGGAGUGGACCAGGAACUCUCAAGAGAGAAUGAGGCUGGAUACCAGGAUGAUGGGAACUCUUGUUUUCUUUCCAUUCCAUCUACUUGUAACUGCCAGGGAACCCCUGGAAUCCCUGAAGGGCCUUACUCUGAGGGAGGAGAUUGCUCUUCUAGCAACUUUUGCCACCAUUGUACCUCUCCAGCUUUGGGGGAAGAUGAAGAGUUGGAAGGGGAAUAUGAUGAAGAGGAACCUCUUAAGUUUCCCAGUGAUCUUUCACGUGUGCCCAGUGAAAAGAAACCUGCACCCCGGAGACAACGGCACCGUGUUCCAGCCAAGGAGGACACUCGGGAGGGUGGACGAAGAGAUCCCAGAUCCCCUGGUCGACAUCGGCUGGGCCGGAAACGGAGUCAGGCAGAUAAACGCAGAGGACUGGGAUUGUGGGGAGCAGAGGAACUGUGUCACCUUGGACAGGCAGGCUUCUGGUGGCUGAUCGAACUGCUAGUAUUAGUGGGGGAGUACGUGGAGACUUGUGGCCAUCUCAUCUAUGCAUGCAGGCAGCUGAAAGGCAGUGAUCUGGACCUUUUUCGUGUCUGGGUGGGAGUGUGGGCAGGGCGGCUGGGGGGCUGGGCCCAGACGAUGUUUCAGUUUCUGAGCCAGGGGUUUUGCUAUGGGGCAGGGCUGUUCACCCGUUUUCUUAGGCUCGUGGGUGCUUUGCUCCUUCUGGCUCUGGCCCUUUUGUUGGGCUGUUUACAGUUGGGCUGGCGGUUUCUGGUAGGAUUGAGUGAUCGGUUAGGCUGGAGGGGUAAAGCCACCUGGCUCUUCUCUUGGCUGGCUUCUCCCACCUGGCAGCGUUGCCUGAUUCUGCUGAGAGAGAGCAGGCCCUGGCAGCAGCUGGUAAGAAUAGUUCAGUGGGGUUGGCUGGAGUUACCUUGGGUCAAACAGAGGACCAAUAGACAGGGGAAUGGACCUGUAGCUGGUGGUCGUUACUGCCAGCCUGAAGAGGAAGUGGCUCGACUCUUAACCAUGGCUGGGGUUCCUGAGGAUGAGCUAAACCCUUUUCACGUGUUGGGGGUUGAAGCCACAGCAUCAGAUGUUGAACUGAAGAAGGCCUAUAGGCAGCUGGCAGUGAUGGUUCAUCCUGACAAAAAUCACCAUCCUCGGGCGGAGGAGGCCUUCAAGGUUUUGCGGGCGGCUUGGGACAUUGUCAGCAACCCUGAAAGACGGAAGGAAUAUGAGAUGAAACGAAUGGCAGAAAAGGAACUGAGCCGGUCAGUGAACGAGUUUCUGUCCAAGCUGCAAGAAGCAAUGAAUACAAUGAUGUGCAGCCGGUGCCAGGGAAAGCACAGGAGGUUUGAAAUGGACCGGGAACCUAAGAGUGCCAGAUACUGUGCUGAGUGUAAUAGGCUGCACCCUGCUGAGGAAGGUGACUUUUGGGCAGAGUCAAGCAUGUUGGGCCUCAAAAUCACCUACUUUGCAAUGAUGGAUGGGAAAGUGUAUGAUAUCACAGAGUGGGCUGGAUGCCAGCGUGUGGGAAUCUCCCCAGAUACCCACAGAGUCCCUUAUCACAUCUCAUUUGGUUCGCGGAUGCCAGGCACCAGUGGGCGGCAGAGAGCUACUCCAGAUGCCCCUCCUGCUGACCUUCAGGAUUUCUUGAGCCGGAUCUUUCAAGUACCCCGGGGCCAGAUGUCCAACGGGAACUUCUUUGCAGCUCCUCAGCCCGGCCCUGGGGCCACUGCAGCCUCCAAGCCCAGCAGCACAGUACCCAAGGGAGAAGCCAAACCGAAGCGGCGGAAGAAAGUGAGGAGGCCCUUCCAACGUUGACACCCCUCGUCUUUCCUCCAAUCAAUGUCAGGGAGUCAAAAGGGCUGUGUACAGCACCAGAUGGAAUUUGAUUUGUUUAUUUUUAAAUAUUUAAAAAAGGGAAAAUUUUAAGCUCAAAUUGUUCACUCAGUACUUUUAGGAAGCCCUGGAACCACUCUCCCUCCUCCACCAGCACCCAGGAACUGAAUCUUGUCUUCUGACAAUACCAAAGAAAUAGGGGAUGUCUAGAACAAAGAACCUGGGGCCUGGACCUGGGCUGGACGGUAUCUCCCGUAGUGUGGGAGCUGGGUAUUUCCCUGGGGUCUGGAUGCCUUUAUCUUGUCUUUUGCUUCUUAGAGCAGACACUCCCCUUACAGCACCCCUCCCCCCCGCCCCGCCUUUAAACGAGUCUGUCUUAUUUCUUCACUCAUUUCAGGAGGGAGCCCCCUCCUUUGCCCCAGUAUACUAGUUAAAAGAACAGGAAAGCAUGUAACCCUAAUUAUAGGAGAUACGUAAGAGUUCAGAGAGUGGGAACUCUCACAUUAUGGGUAAUCACCCAACUUCAUGCUUGUUGCUGCAGGGAUGGCCAAAACUAAUAAUUUUUAAAAAGCAAGAUUCACGCCCUCUGCCCUUGGGUGAGGGGGAAGGGUAAAGGGGCUUCCAGCAGCCCCCUUAUGAUCCAAGGGUUUGUAUUUUUUUAAGUUUGUUCAUAUUUGUAUGUACAUAUCUAUUUAAAGCCAGGGGAUUAUCUUUCUAUAAAUUCGUAACUGGCAACCUGUAUCUUCCCUCUCUUCUCUGCCCAUAUAGCUGGACCCCUUUUUCUCAAUGGAGAAUCUUUUCCUUCGUAAGUGUUAGAGUGAAGGGCAUCUCCUGCUGGACCAAGGGAGGGGGAUAAAAAAAAUACCUUAAAGAAA